AUGAGAGAAGGGAGUACUGUACAGUACGUACCGGUUGCGAGCUGUCUGUUCCUCUCAUCGCUCAGCCCACACCCCCCAUUUCCUCUCACCGCACCUUUUUUUCUGUCCUGCUGGGCAGAAUACACCACUAAUUGCAAUAUCAGAAAAGAUACGCACACACACACACACGCACAUACACUCACAGCAAGAGAGAGAGGCCAGCACCAGCAAGUUGCAACUCUGCAGCUCCACGUCGGCCAGCUCAUCACCACCACCACCACUUCCUCCCCUCUUCCUCCUCUUCCGCCUCUUCCACGUCCAUCUCCCUCCCAAUCACACCCUCCAUCCAUCCACCCAUCCACUCAUCAUCCACCACCCAUUCGUCCCUUCUCGUGCUCUGUCUUGCCUGUUCCACCGACAUUACCAGCUCGCUGUGGAGACGCCGCAAAGCCUCACUUCCAUGACUGGACAUUCGUUGCGCUGCUGAUCCUGUCGACUUCUUUAAACCACUGGCAUCGCACCGUCCGCCUUCCCAUAUCCUCCCACGAUCGUCUUCCUAUUCGAAGCCACAAUCUCCCUGUUCCAUCGACUCGCCUCGACUCGACUCUACUCGCCUUGUCUCGCCUUGCCUCCCAAGUUAACCUUGAAACUUCGUCCUCGCACAAGUCUUCGAGGCCCCAUCUACCCCAGGGGACAGCGAGAGAGUCUCGAGCGGAAGAGAGACACAACGGAAGAGAGAGAAGAGAGAGACACACAGAGAAAGAGAAAGAGACAGAAAGCAUCGCCCUCGAGGUUUAUUGUUUUGCAACCGGGACAAGCUAACAAACAACCGCCUUGUCUCUUGCCUUGUCUCUUGCUCCAGACCAGACAACUACAAACAUCCCCGCCAGGUUCCCACCGUCGUCACUCGGGGGCCCUUGGAUGCGUU